CUUUUUCGUACAGUCUGCACGGUCUCAGCUCGCUGCCGAAUGUGAAUCUCGGUCCUCUGCGCUUGGUCGACUCGACACACAUGUCGACGACAUCGGAUUCACUGCCCGGCCUGCAGAGAGAGACGGAGGGACCGUGACGCUCAGCGGUGGGGGAAGAUGGAGAUGGCGGGCGCGUGCCGGAUGAGAGGCCGGGCACUGGACAUUGGGAUCUCAACAGGCUGCGGAGACCCAUACUGAGCUAGAUUAGCUAGAUUCCGGGAACAUGCAGGAGCCGAGAAGUCUCGACUUUGGCGCGCCCAAGGUGCAAAACGAUCUGCAAAACAUCGUGCGGGAUUCCGCGGUCCUUCGGCCGAAAUCCUUCGGUGUGUUUUGGGUGGUGGGCCGGCCUUUUUCGAGACUCGAUGCCUUCCCCUCGUUCCGUCCAGGGUCAUCGUCGUGCUGCCACUGGAGACGUCAUCGGCUGCUUCAGCCAGACGUCAUCAACGUCAUCCGCACAGGGCGGGGAGGGCACCCACCACCAGGAAUCUGACGACACCGCCCGACUCCGAGACACCCACACCUCGGAGGGAGUCUCGGUGGCCCCCGUGGUCUCGUACACCAGGAGCAACAUGUGAGUGGCCAUCAGGAAGGAGAAACACUGUUGCUCCUUGACUACUUUCUCCGGAUGCUUGUGUGUCGUGUUUCAAGGGUCCGUCGCGCCCAGAUGCUGUCGACCAGCACGACUCUGGCCUCACGCGAGACGGCAGCGACGCACGCCUCGACGUCCAUCGGUAGUAGGCGCCCUCUCCCCCCUCCUGACGCGACGCGGCCUUCAGCUGCCCCACCUGCGCAUCAAUCGCGGCAGGUCGCAACCCAACGACAGCCAGCCCGCCGCUCUUCCGUUUGCCCGCUCGAUGGACCUCACCCAGCGUGUGUUGCCGGACGCUGUCGAUGAUACGUGGGGAGAGGAGACGCCUCACGUCCUGACGACCGGCCAACACGACGAUGUGACCGUCAUGCGUACCUGCAGAAGAUAGGGACUAGCCAUCUGGUGGUGAUGCGAGCAGCGAUUGGUCACUUUCGCCUUUGCCUCCAGUCAGCCCCAUGACCAGCAGCAGCAUGAGGCGUUGCGGAUGGUGCGGGCACUCGGUGCCAUACCUGUACUUAUGUCUCCAUGCACCGUGAUGGAUGAAUACAGUGGAUGGAUUAAGUGCAUGGAGCCUGUAUCCGGUCGGGGUGUGAUUCGCUGUCUUAACGUUCCACCGUCUGUGUGUUCGUAUGGCCACUUCACUGCAUUCCUUCAGGGAUUACGGCUAUUUUUCCUGUGGCCGGCUGUGAGGGUGCCUGUCCACCCGCUGCUUUUGGGGGGGAAUGGAAGGGGGGCAG